CGUUAUUGCCAUGCAUCGGCGCGUGUGCAUUCGCGCCGCAAGCGCGAGCUCUUCAGCGGUGUUGACCGUGCUGUUGACUUCGAAACAAGCGCAGUGCAACUCCACACCACUCGCACCAUCAAGUUCAAGCGACUCGCGUGCACCGCAAGCGGCUCCAUCGCCAUCAUGGAACGUCCUGCAACCACUAUACUCGUUGAGGGAUUGGGCCUUGCAAUCUGGUGGCAAAAGCGCCGACGACAAGCAUUUUGCAGCAUUCGCGUCCAAAACCAACACAACAGGGCUCAUGUCUUGGCCCAGCCUCGUCAAAGGGCUUGAGACUCGUGCGAAGGACGAAGUAGCGUUCGUGGCACUUACAGCUACCGCUCGCGCCGCCGUCGCGUCCAACGACACGGUCACUUUGGCCACCAUGCCACAGCGCUUCGCGGAAGCCGCGUAUGGUCCUGGCAUUACGCCAGAGAUGCGCAAUAAGCAUGUCGAGGAGUUUGGAUGUGUCAAGUACACCCGUGAAGCCAUGCAACUCAUCACGAACACCUCACGAAGUCGCGGAGUUGUCGAAGUGGGCGCGGGGCAUGGUCAGUGGGCUGCUCACCUCCGGCGUUCUUACCAAGUGGACAUCCUGGCGUACGAUAACAUGACGGCCCUCCCGCUUAGUAGUCGCCCCAUCGCCUCUGGAGUCGUCGAUGGGGACGAAUCCGUCCUCGUGACCCAUCGCCACCUGCGCGGUCGAGUGCUGUUGCUGGUUUAUCCCGACCCUGGCCCCAUGGCAUUCAAGACUUUGACGAACUACAUGCAGAGCAGCCCAUCCAACGACGCUCUGGUGUACGUGGGUGAAGGACGUGGUGGGGCCAACGCCGACAGCCGCUUCUUCGACCUCCUCGAGAGUUCUUCCUGGGAGCUUGAAUCCACCUUGGCUUUGGAACCCUUUGGUACGAAAGGUUUCGAAAGAAUGUUCGUGUUUCGUCGACGGAUCGUCACCAGGUAGGGUCGAUGGGCACCAAUAUACGCACUACACGCUACUUCACGCUGUCUUGGCGUUUUUUGUCACCGCAUGCGAAAUCGCGGACCACGCGGCGGCGGCGACUGCGAACGGCAUGACAAUCCACCAAAAGUUGAAUUGAAACUUGAAGAACUGCAUGCCGC